AUGCCCAAAGUGAGUGUAUCGAGGAGCCGGCUGCUCCAGUUGCGUGACGAGGGGCAGUGCUCCGUGGUGACGCCGCUCGGGACAGCGAUGCUCGAGAUACAAGGCGAUCUCGCAAUGGAGAUUGCCUCCGAUGGGUGUGACCCGGGGGACCCGCGUGUCUCUGUGUUACAGGGGCAACAGAUCUUCAGGUUCGGUCUGCUGGACUUACACGGGACGAGCAGGGAGGCUACGCUGUACAUCGGGCAGAAACAGCGGAUGGUCGGAAAGUUGGUCAAAUUGGACGUCCCCAUGGGCGUGCUCCACUUCGAUACAGCAACGCAGACGGCUCAAUUGCAAGAUAUAAUACGGUACAGACUCAUAUUCAGGGACCGCCCGCUCCCCAUCAUGUGA